AGAGGCGGACUGGCCCGGUGGGACAGUGGGAAAUGUCCCACUGGGCCGCAUGCUUUAUGUGGCCGUCGGGCCACGCCAAUGACAAAUAAAAAACAUUCAAUAUUUAUAUUUUAAUAUUGGUUUGCUAAAUGUAUUUUCUACAUAGUCCGUGACAUGUCGUGCUGUAUGGUGUACUGUUAUCAGUUAAUGACAGUUAUGUGAAAUAAUUUUGAAAGUUAACGAUAAGAUCUAAAAAUAACUAACUGUUGGGUUAUACCUAUUACGUGAUACGUCCGUCUAUUUGAUGUCUGUGUUUUUGUGUACAGAGUACAGCUGAUAUUACAGUUUACACUGUUUACAGUUUUCAUUAAACUACCGAGUGACGACAACUAAGACUAAUCAGACUUUGUAUUGUACCAUACUUAAUUAGUUACUUAUAGUGUUCUUCUUUACUUAAUUUGUAUAUUUAAAAUGAGUGACAACAAUAAGAAAUACGUUAAAGGUGGGGCACAGAAAACCAGAGAAAAAAAUAAAAAACUGUUAACUGAUUCAGCAAAAAAAUGUAAAAAAAUAAGUAAUAUCUUUUAUAAGACAUCAUCUCCAGUAAACUCUGAAUGUGAUAGUCGUUCUACUGCUACACUACAGAAAAAGCAUACUGUACAAGAUUCAACUGGUGUUAUUAAUAUUGAUUUAGAUUCAUCUUUAACUACAAACCAAAAAACAACAGCUACAGAAAGUGUAUUGUGUGAUAGUCGUUCUACUGCUACACUACAGAAAAAGCAUACUGUACAAGAUUCAACUGGUGUUGUUAAUAUUGAUUUAGAUUCAUCUUUAACUACAAACCAAAAAACAACAGCUACAGAGAGUGUAUUGGAAAUUGAAUCUCUACAAUAUAAUUUGUCAUCCAACGAAGAAUUAUUAUUCAAACUAAAAAAGAAUGCUGAUAUUAUUGAAAAGAUAAACUUUGUCAAACAACAUCCCAUUCAACCAUCAUACUUCAGUAAUAUUCGACUAGAUUUAGAAAAGCUAUAUUUUAGAAAAACACCAGAUGAUAAAAAAAUUGCCCGGAAAUGGUUAUCAGUGUUCUGUAUUGUUAAUGAGCUUAAAGCAAUGUACUGUCCAUUUUGUAUUGUUUUUAGUUCAUCUGCUACCAUAUUUUCUAAGGGUUGUAAUAACUUUAAACAUAUUUAUGAUGUUGUUAAAAUACACGAAGAUUCUUUAACACACAGACGCUCUGUAGAAGCGUUUAUUCAAUCCACUAACGAAAAAUCCAUUGAAUUUGGUAUUAAUAACAAUUUAAUGACAUUAAAGAAAAAUCAAAUUCUAGAAAAUAUCCAUGUUAUAAACGAGAUAUUUGAAAUUAUAAAAUUACUUGGUCGUCAAAAUUUACCAUUAAGAGGUUCUAAAAAUUCUGAAAGCUUAUACAAAUGGAAUGAUGAAGACAAUCUAAAUAAAGGAAAUUUUUUGGAGUUGGUACAGUUUACGGCUAAACGAGAUGCUACACUGUACAAACAUUUGAAUACUGCCAUAGAAAACAGCAAACGCAGAAAAGCAAAUUUGGAAAAGAAAUCAUUGGUUUCUUGUGGCAGGGGUUCACUUGUAACUUUACUGUCUAAAAAUACAGUAAAUAAAGUUAUUCUAUCUAUUGUGAAGUCAAUAAGAGAUAAAAUUAAAUUGGAAUUAGGUGAACAACAUUUUAGUUUGCAGAUUGAUAGUACACAAGAUGUUAGUGUUGUAGAUCAGGCAGCAGUGUGCAUCCGGUAUAUUUAUGAAGGAGAAGUAAAAGAAAGGCUAUUUGCCUUAUUAAAAGUGGUAGAUUCUUCUGGAAAUGGCUAUUAUAAUAUGUUAAAACAACUUUUUUCUGAACAUUCGAUUAAGUUCAACAAUAUCAUUGGUGAAUCAUUUGAUGGAGCAGCAAACAUGAGAGGGGAGUACUCUGGUCUACAAUCCAAAAUUAAAAACCAAGAAAACCCAAAAGCCAUUUAUAUAUGGUGUUACAGUCAUGUACUCAAUUUAUGCAUAUGUGAUACUUGUAAAAGUUUGGAAGCUAAGAAUUUAUUUGGAUUUUUGAAUCGAUUAUCAACAUUUUUUAGUGAAUCAUAUAAACGUAUGCUUGUUUGGUUACAAGAAAUUAAUUCAAGUUUGGGUUCAAAUAAAUUAAAAAAACUUCAAAAAAUAGGGGAAAAUAAUACACGAUGGUGGUCUCGAGAAAAAGCGUUGUAUUGGAUAUUUGAUGGAGAUCAGUGUCUUUUUCCAAUAAUUAUUUGUGCUCUAUAUCAUAUUUCCAUUUCUAGUAACUUUGAACCUAAAGUUUGUUUUGAAGCAUCUUCUUUAUUACAUAAUUUAUGUAACUUUAAGAUAAUUCUUACGGCUCAUAUAUUUUUGAAUAUCUUUAAAAUUGUUGGACCAACUUCUCGUUACCUUCAGACAAAAGGUAUGGAUUUAUUAUCAGCCUGGGGUAUGAUAGAUUCUAUAAAACAAGAAAUUGGACGGCUAAGUUUUGACUGUAUUUUAAACAAAUCUAUAAAUUUUUCGAAUAAUAUGAAUGAUUUACUUAGUAGUAUGAAUCUUCCUGAUGAUAUAUUAGUUUCAAGUACGUUUCCUGUUACAAGGAAAAGCAGAAAAAAGAGAAUGUAUGAUGAAAUAUGCGAAGAUGAAUCACCAGAAUUACCACUAGACAAGUUUAGAGUAGAUACAUAUCAAACAAUAGUUGACCAGAUAACUAUAAGUUUAAAUGAACGUUUUACUGACAACAAUAAAUUGAUAGCAGAUGUUCAGUACUUAUUACCUAAAAAUUUUAAACUAAUUGAACAAAUGCCAAAUACUGCAUUAAAACAUUUGGCAAAUUUAGCAAAUUUAGAACACAUACAACUUUGUUUAGAACUUAAAAACUUUUCUAAAGUUUAUCCAAAGAUAAACAUGUCUACAAUAGAGAAAACUAAACAAAUAUACCAUCAGCUUGAUACUGAAUCAGAUGAAAAUACAGAUGACAAUGAAGAGAAUAUGUAUGAGAAUACAGCAUUUCCUUGUAAAAAUAAAACCACCAUUCAUGAUACAAACAAUUGCUUGCAAUGUGUAUAUAAACUUUUAUACAACUUAAAUAUGCAUGUCUCUGCAUAUAGUGUAUUAUGUGCUUCUUAUGAGUUUUUUCUCACAUUAUCAGUCACCGAAGUCAACUGUGAAAGAACAUUUAGCAAAUUAAAGUUGGUUAAAACAAGAUUAAGAGCUAAUAUGUGCCAAGAGAAUUUGGAAGCACUUUUAAUCAUGAGUGUAGAAAAACAGUUAUUAAAUGACAUAGAAAUAACAAAGGUCAUUGAUUAUUUAAAAGCUAGUUCUAGUGUUAUGAGUAAAAUGUUUUCUUUGUAAUUUUCAUGUUAUUAAUAAUA